AUGAAUAUAUCAUUGUUUAUACGUGAUAAUAAACAAACAGAAGAUGGUUAUUUCGUUCUAUUUCCUGAAUCAAACUAUCAAUUACUGUAUAAUGGUAAACCACCUGGAAACAUACAAUAUUUUGAAAAUGAUGAAAAAAUUCGCUCCGAAUCAUUUGUCACCGAUGAUAAUUCUGUCACAUAUAUGUCAUGUAGUUCUAUGGGGAAUAUUGAAUUGAAUGCAAAUGAUCGAGGUACAACAUUGGGUACUAAUAUGUAUAUGUCACCAGAAAAUUUACAGGUUUUAAUUUUCCCUUACCUUUUUCAAA